AUGGCCAACAUCCCCUCAACUGUUAAUGUCGCAGAGUAUCUGUUUAUUCGUCUGCGACAGCUCGGUUGUUUGUCUCUACAUGGCCUCCCUGGCGACUUCAACCUUCUCGCCCUUGACUUUGCUCGUCCUUCUGGACUCACUUGGGUCGGGUCAUGUAAUGAAUUGAAUGCAGGGUAUGCUGCCGACGGAUAUGCACGCAUUCGCGGACUGGGUGCUAUUCUUACGACAUUCGGCGUUGGUGAGCUUUCUGCCCUCAAUGCAAUUGCAGGAUCGUAUGCAGAGCUUGCUCCUGUUGUUCACAUUGUUGGUCAGCCCAGCCGAGAGACACAGAAUAGUGGUGCCUUGGUUCAUCACACCCUCGGAAAUGGAGACUUCAAAACCUUCUCCAAGAUAUACGAGACCGUCACCAUCGCCCAUACCAACCUAGUUGACCCUACCGCAGCACCAUCCCAAAUCGAUCAUGUCUUACAGGCAUGCAUUGUCGGCUCGAGACCAGUCUACAUCGGUCUACCCACAGACAUGGUGACUCAGCCCGUGGACGCCGAACUACUUCAGACACCGAUUGAUGUAAACUAUCACAAGAGUGAGCCUGAGGCUGAAACAAUGGCCCUUGAAAUCAUUCUCAACAGACUAUACAAGGCAAAUCGGCCGGUCCUGCUCAUAGAUGGAGCUGUCGAACGCCGUAGGCUGAUCGAAGACACGAGCCAGCUGAUUAGACGCCUCGAAAUUCCCGUGUUCGUGGCACCAAUGGGAAAGGGCUCUGUCGAUGAGAAUUUGCCCAAUUUUGUUGGCGUCUACUCUGGGGAUGGCUCUCGUCAUGAUAUCCAAAAAGCAUUUGAGUCAAGCGAUAUGAUCCUCACCAUAGGUAAUAUCAAAUCGGAUCUCAACACGUCAGGUUUCACGUAUCAGUUUUCAAAGUUUAGCACAAUCGACAUUCAUUAUGACCAUGUCGAUGUAGGCUACGCUCACUUUGGUCAAGUCUUUGUUAGAUCGAUGCUACCUCGGCUGGUCGCAGCUGUUGACCCCAUGCAAUUAAGCCGCUCAGCUAAGAUCAUGCCGACUAUCAAAGCUGCCCCGCUGGUUACUCCCAAGGACGACGUAAUUUCGCAUGCUUGGUUCUGGCCGAGGAUGUCGCACUUCUUGCAAGAAGGGGAUCUCGUUGUCGCUGAGACUGGAACUUCUUACAUAGGCGGCUGGGAGCUCAAGUUACCGAAAGGGGCACGCAUCAUCAACCAGAUGCUCUGGUCUAGCAUUGGAUAUGGCGUCGGCUCUACGCAAGGUGUCGCCUUAGCAGUGAAGGAUGGCGCUACGGGACAGCGAACCAUCUCAUUUGAGGGCGAUGGGUCUUUUCAAUUAACGGCACAGGAGCUUGCAACCAUUAUUCAUCACAAACUGGACGUGACCAUGUUUUUGAUCGAGAAUGGUGGAUACACAAUAGAGCGUUUUGUCCAUGGUCUUGAGGCUCAUUAUAACGACAUUCCCCAGUGGCAGUAUUCCAAGCUCCCUGGCAUUUUGGCCCCCGCUGGUCAAGAGGCUCAGAUCCAAACAUGGAAGAUAUCUUCACGUCGAGAACUUGAUGCUCUCUUGAGGGACGAGGCAUUUGCUUCCGGGAGGGGACUGCAGUUUGUUGAGGUACACAUGCCGAAGUUGGAUGCCCCUCAGGUCCUGAUUGAUUUUGGGAAAGGAGCUGGUGCGCGCGUUGGUUGA